AAAAGGAGGCACCCAUAUCCUUCGCAGAAAUUUUGAAAAAGCGAAGCAGAUCCAGAUCUGUAUAUAGGAAAGAAAAUAAAGAACAAGAAGGAAUAAGGAAGAGGUUGAACAACCUAGAAGGGAAAAUUAAGAAUAUGAAAAACAAGAUUAACAUUUUAUGGAAAUGGUGGAUGGCAGUACAAGAGGAGCAAAAGGAAGCAGAACAAAAAAACGAAGAAGAGGAAGAGCAAUAA